UGACCUGCUACCUCUCUCUCGAUUGCAUCACAUCAUGCUUUAAGCAUGAGUCCGGGUCCUGCUCGAUGCCUUCGCUGUCCGAUUCGCCUUCUUCCGUACCGCCCCCUGUGCCCGUCGAAACCCACCCGAACCGCAGCGUCGGCCUGAAAGAGCAACGAGCCCUCCCUGAUCCCACCCGGCUCGCCCCUGAAGAUGCAUACUACACUUCUUCGCUACCGCGCGCGCGGCCUACCUCGGCCCACUUGGACGACUCUCUGCGCGUGUUAAAUCCCAAUGCCAUCUCUGCUUCCUCGGUGGCUGCGCUGCGAUCGCCGCCGGCCGUGCUAGGAGCGGGUGGCCGAAAGGAGGUACGAAAGUUGCGGGGGACCAGCAGACGAAGACGACGAAAGGGCGCUUGGAAAAAGCUACUUUGGGUGAAACAGUCCUAUCCUGACAACUAUACGGAUACGGAGACCUUCCUGGACCACCUUCAGCGCAAUCCUCGGGUACGACCCUACGAUUUCUGGCCGCUCGUGGCCGACUCCACUGUCAUUGUACAACACGUUUGCUCGGUAGCUAUCUUCGUAUGUUGCUUCGUGGGCAUUGUGCAGGGCCGCGUGAGUCCGGUCUCCGUGGUCUGCUGGGGCAGUGUUGGGACUGCGUUGGGCUGGAUAUUCUGGGAUUCCUGGAUCCUGCGGGAACAUGUGGAGAGUGUUUAUGUCGCAGAACGCGCAUCCGAAGGGGAUGAUGGGUCCAGUGCCAGUUCCAUGACCAGUUCUGGCAACCCGUCCGGUCACACUUCAGGUUCACGUCAGGGUGGGCAGAGGGAGAGCCAGGUGCAUGGCCUAGGACUGUCCAUGGCACAUCAUGUAGCCCAUGAGCCAAUGCAGCGACAGAACACGGGGGACAGUGGCGAUGCUGAUGGCAGUGCACAAGAACCCGCAUCCCCUGUGACAGGAUCAGCGAGCGGCUCUCUUGGUGGCUUGUCUCACGACCCGGACAUGCUGCCGAUGCUUUCCUCGCGGAAUCGGCAGCGUCUCUCUACCGUCAAGUCGGCAUUUCUGAUCUACUUUGCUUUGCUCGGACUUAGCCCGAUUUUAAAAUCACUUACCAAGUCCACCGCCAGCGAUUCCAUCUGGGCCAUGAGCUGCUGGUUGCUGAUCAUGAACAUUUUCUCCUUUGACUAUGGAAGCGGAGAGGGCGCAGGCGCCACCAAGUUUCCGGCUUCGCUGUCUACCAACGCAGCGGUGAUGGCUUCCACCGUGUUGGCGUCUCGACUGCCGUCCACAACACAUGUGUUCAGCCUGAUGCUUUUCUCAAUGGAGGUUUUUGGGCUGUUUCCAAUCUUUCGACGACAACUGCGUCAUGUGUCUUGGACAGGUCAUGUUCUCCUAACGCUGACACUGGUGCUCGUAGCUGGGGGCGCAGUGGGCAUUACCCUGCGUGGCGGAUGGGCGGCCUUUGUGGUUGGGUCUAUUUUAGGCAGCAUCCUGACAGCACUGGCCAUGGGAGGAUGUAGCUGGUGGCUAAUCAGCCUUCAGAAGUAUAAGAAUGUGGUGACUGGUCCAUGGGAUCCAGCCCGUCCGAUCAUCCGGCGACACUGGGAUUAGAGAUUGCAGCCCCGGGGCUUUGUCGUGUGGCUGAUACCAGGCUGAGAAAACAUUUUACAAGAUACCCCUACAGUAUUGAGAUUUUGGAUCUAGCGCUUUUUCAUAUGACAUGACCAUCCCAGGCUGGCUUUUCAGUGUAAAGAUUUGACAUUGGGCGCAACGCCAAGUAAGG